AUGAGAACGGUCAUUAGUGGCCCAAGUGGUUACAAAAGUGCAGUUGAUAAAACAGAAAAAUCUGUAAAAGGAUUUAAGUUAUCGCCAUCGUCAGUAAAACCAAAUAAUAAAUCAGUCAUAGAUGUCGAUUGGGAGUAUUGGGGCCCCAAUGGCGAAUAUCAUUGGGAGAAAAAUUUCAAAUCCUGCAAAGGCAAAUCCCAGUCUCCAAUAAACAUUAUACGUGAACGAAUUGUGUACUUGCCUGAUUUACAAAUGACUUUGAUCAAUUACGAUCGUGAUUAUCAUAAUAUGAAGCUGACCAACAAUGGCCACACCAUUAAACUGGAGGCGUCUCAUCUAACAGGAAAACGAUUCCAAAGUUUCACUACAGGCAGUGCUUUCUUUGGCGACACUUACCGGUUUCUGCAAUUGCACUUUCACUGGCGUAAUGCUCACUCAGGAGGAUCAGAGCACGCCAUCGAUGGGGAAAAGUUUUCAAUGGAGAUGCAUUUAGUUCAUCAAAAUGUUAAGUACGAUAAGGAAACCGAUUCUGAGAUUGUCCUCAAAUCACCUGAUGCCUUUGCCGUUAUUGCCGUUUUCUUUAAUGAAACAACCAUUCACAAUUUGGCAAUCGAUCCCAUAAUCGGCCAUCUUGACCAAGUAGCCAACCCUCACGAAAGCACCAUCCUCGACGAGCCAAUUCGACUGGACAGUCUGAUGCCACCAACUGAAGAAUUGAAUCGAUUUUAUCGCUAUUCGGGCUCAUACACAACGCCAGGCUGUCAAGAAGUGGUCACGUGGAUCAUCUUCCCAACCGCCCUCGUCAUUGACGCUAUUCAAAUGCAAAAGUUUCGAGAAAUCAUUUUUAGAGUUACUCACCACGAACUUCCAAUGGAUAGCCAACUGGUCUGGGCGCCAGACCCGGUCGACGGCUAUGCCCUCGGCCGGGUCGUUGACAUUGGCGCCGGCAAUUUGGCCAGCAUCGUUUUGGCGUCCCCUUCAAAAACGUCAAAAACGCAAAAGAUAGAGUGCUCUAUUGAUCAGGUGUUUCCCGCGGAAACUGAUCUAAAGAAGGACUACGAUGACAACUGUUCACUUAUGUACCUCAACGAGGGUAAUCUACUGCACAACAUUAAGCUUCGUUAUGUUGGAAAUAAGAUUUACACAUACGUUGCCAAUAUCCUCGUGGCACUUAAUCCUUACCAUGACCUGAAGGCAAAGUUGUACACUGCGGAAGUGUUGAAAGCCUAUCAGGGAAAGUCAUUGGGAAAAAUGCCGCCGCAUGUUUUUGCAAUAGCUGACAAAGCUUUUCACGACAUGAAACGCACCUCUCAAUCUCAGUCCAUAAUCGUCUCCGGCGAGUCUGGUGCCGGCAAGACCGAGUCAACGAAGUACAUUCUCCGGUACCUCUGUGAGUCCUGGUCCGGCCCGUCAGGCGCCGGAGCCAUCCAAAUUGAGCAGCUAAUCCUUGAGGCUAAUCCAAUCCUGGAGGCAUUCGGCAACGCCAAAACGGCGCGCAACAACAACUCGUCGCGUUUUGGCAAGUUCAUCGAGAUAUACUUUGACCGAAAAAAGGAGUUUACUGUUGCUGGCGGCCACAUAUCGCACUACCUGCUGGAGAAGUCGCGAAUCUGCGGACAGAGCGGCCAGGAGCGGAAUUACCACAUCUUCUACCAACUGUGCGCCGGACUGCCCGAGGCGCAGUGGAGCAAGUUGAAGCUGGGCGCUCCGGAUAAGUUUUACUACCUGCGCAAGGGUUGCAAGCGGUACUUUCUGACGGCUGCAGAGGACAAACAGCUGCCGGCGGGGCGAAAGUCGGAGCAGCACAAGAAAGAGGGCUACCUGCAGGACUCGAUCGUCAACGACCUGGCGGACUACCGCGCCAUGGACUCUGCGCUGGACCACUUUGGCGUGUCGCCGGCGGAGAAGGCGACCAUCUACCAGAUAGUGGCCGCCAUACUGCACCUGGGCAAUGUCCAAUUUGAGGAGGCGGCGGACAACAGUGCGGGCGGCUGUCGCGUGGACGGCGCCUCCCAGGAGGCCCUUCUCAACGCCUCUGCACUGUUGGGCGUCGAAACUGAGCAGCUGCAGCAGUGCCUGCAAACUCGAAUCAUGCAAACCAACAAGGGCGGCUACAAGGGCUCUACCUACAUGGUCCCCCUCAAAGUGCACGAGGCGAGCAACGCCCGGGACGCCCUCGCCAAGGCCAUUUACUCCCGCCUCUUUGACUACAUCGUCAGCAAGAUCAUCAACCGAGCGCUGCCAGGCACAGUUACCGGCGUCGGUCGCCAGACCAAUGACUCCCACUCCAUCGGCGUACUGGACAUUGCCGGCUUUGAGUACUUUCAAACGAACUCCUUUGAGCAGUUCUGCAUCAAUUACUGCAAUGAAAAGUUGCAGAACUUCUUCAACGACCGCAUCCUCAAUGACGAGCAAAGUCUCUACGAGCAGGAAGGUCUGGGCGUGCGACGCAUCGACUACGUCGACAACCGGGACUGCAUUGAGCUGUUUGAGGCGAAGGGAACGGGAAUCUUUGACCUGCUCGACGAGGAGAGCCGCCUGCCAAAGCAGUCGGUGGCCCACUUUACGGAGGCAGUUCACCGCGCAAACAACGGCAAAUUCCGUCUGGACAUUCCCCGGCGGUCAAAACUGAAAACCCACCGGGAGCUGCGCGACGACGAGGGCUUUCUGGUGCGGCACUUUGCCGGCGCCGUCUGCUACCAAACAGCCCAAUUUUUGGAAAAGAACAACGACACGCUGCACACUAACCUGGCCUUCCUCAUGAUCGAGUCCAGCAAUGGCAUGCUCAAGGCGCUCUUUGAGUCGCCCACCAAGUCAGCCUCCGGCGGCAACUUCAUCACCGCCUCGGCAAUGACCGACAAGUCGGUUCGCCUGUCCGCCGAAUCAGUUGGCGGGAAGUUCCGCAAGCAGCUGGCGGAUUUGAUCGCUCGCCUGCAGUCCACGGGAACCCAUUUCAUUCGGUGCAUCAAGCCGAACCUGAACAUGGUGGCGCAGUCCUUCGACGGCGCCUGCAUCCUCUCCCAGCUGAAGUGCUCCGGCAUGGCCUCCGUCCUGGCGUUGAUGCAGCACGGCUACCCCUCCCGGGCCACCUACGCCACCAUCCGCGACCUCUACGCGCCCUUCCUCCCGCCCAAGCUGGGUCGCCUCGAGGCACGUCACUUCUGCAUGGCACUGGUGAAGGCUCUUGGCCUGGGCGACUGCCGCUUCGGCGUCACCAAGGUCUUCUUCCGGCCGGGCCGCUUUGCCGAGUUUGACCAGCUGCUGAAGAAUGACCCCGCCUCACUGGAGGAGCUGGUAAAACGGGUGCAGCGGUGGUUGAUCUGCUCUCGCUGGCGGCGGCUGCAGUGGUGCGCCCUUUCAGUCAUUAAACUCAAGAACAAGAUCGCCUACCGCCGGGAGUGCACUGUGAUCAUUCAAAAGAACAUGAGAAUGUUUCUAGAAAAGUCCAAGUACCGCCCGCGGUACAUUGCCCGCCUGGAGUUGCGCAAAAUUCGCGGCCGCCUGCAGCAGCUGAACUCGCUGGUGGAGAAGAUCAGCCUAGAAAAGGAGAAAUCAUCCUUCACGCAGAAGCUUUCUACCCUCGACCUUUCCAUUCAAAAAUUGUUUACUGAACACUUUGGCCUGCCACCGGCGGGAAAAAAGGUGGAAAAACUGCAGAAGGCUGAGACGGAGAAGACGCUGGCCGCUGUUCGCCAGCAAAUUGACGGCCUAAUGCGUGAUCUGCAGGCAAAGCUAAGCGAACAGGAACGCCUGAAGAAGCUUCAGGAGGAGAUGGAAGCGGAACGGCGCAAACGAGAGGAAGAGGCAAAGGUGCAACGAGAGGCGGAGGAAUUGCGCAAGAGAAAGGCAGAACUGGAGGAGAAAAAACGACAGGAGAUGCUGGCGCAGCAACAGCGAGAGGCGGAAGAACGAAAGGUCGCAGAAGCAAAGGUGAAAGCGAUUAACGAAGAGGAACGUCGCCGUCAAGUGGAGCACCUGAAGCGGCUGGAGCAGGAGCGACGCGACUACGAGCUGGCCGUCCGCCUCUCUCAGCAGGACGGCAAUGACCUGCAGCCGGAACAACCCUCACCGCCCACCGUCGCCAAGUCCCUGAAUCCCUUUCAUUCUGAGCAUCACGGCGGUUCUUCAUUGGAGCAGGCGAGCAGUCCGUCCGCCUCGCCGCACGGCAGUCCGCAAAAUCGCAAAAAGUACAGUCUGGAGUCGUGGAACUACGCCCAGCUGCGCGACACCAUCAACACCUCCAGUGAUAUUGAACUGCUGGAGGCGUGUCGCGAGGAGUUCCACCGCCGACUGAAGGUGUACCACCAGUGGAAGUUCAGGAUGACCAACAACAAGUCACAGGGCAGCAGCGGCAACAACAGCAGCAGACUGAACAUGGCCAAUGGAAGCUCGCUGCAGGCGGCAAACGGAACCCAAGUAGCCGCCGAUCCGUCCACUCGGGCGCCAGACAUUGUGAUGGACACCUUCUACAACGCCGACACACUGCCCAGCGGAGGUGGGGCCGUUCUGAUGAGGGCGAUGAACAAUGGCAAUAUCAGCGGUGAAAAUGGCGUCAAGAAUGAGCAGCGCUACUUCCGGCUGCCGUUUGGUAGGCAGAGUAGUGAUUCGAAGGGGCUGUGGUUUGCCCACUUUGACGGUCGGUGGAUCGCCCGACAGAUGGAGAUUCACACUGAAAAGGAGCCUAUUCUUUUAGUGGCUGGUCGUGAUGACUUAAAAAUGUGCGAAUUGAGCCUUGAUGAAACUGGACUGACGCGGAAAAAGAACGUUGAAAUACUGGCUGAAGAGUUUGAGUCAGAGUGGCGUCGCAAUGGCGGGCAACCUUACUCCCGUGCAUUGACUGACCUUUAA